CCGGGGGCGGUGCGCGGGAAGGAAACCCGGGGCCUCCGCGGCUGCGGGGGAGACCCGGAGGGAGGGCGGCCGGGAGCCGGGGUACGGGGUGGGGCCCGCCGCCAGUCUCAGCCUGGUCGCGGGGAGCAACAUGAAGUGUUUGGUCACGGGCGGCAACGUGAAGGUGCUCGGCAAGGCUGUCCACUCCCUGUCCCGUAUCGGGGACGAACUCUACCUGGAGCCCCUGGAAGAUGGGCUCUCCCUCCGGACUGUGAACUCCUCCCGCUCCGCCUAUGCCUGCUUCCUCUUUGCCCCGCUCUUCUUCCAGCAGUACCAGGCGGCCACCCCUGGUCAGGACCCAUUGCGCUGUAAGAUCCUGAUGAAGUCGUUCCUGUCCGUCUUCCGCUCACUGGCGAUGCUGGAGAAGACGGUGGAGAAGUGCUGCAUCUCCCUGAGUGGCAGGAGCAGCCGCCUGGUGGUUCAGCUGCACUGCAGAUAUGGGGUGAGGAAGACUCACAACUUGUCCUUCCAGGACUGCGAGUCCCUGCAGGCCGUCUUCGACCCAGCCUUGUGCCCCCACGUGCUCCGUGCUCCAGCAAGGGUCCUGGGGGAGGCUGUUCUGCCCUUCCCCCCCGCGCUGGCUGAAGUGACGCUGGGCAUUGGCCGUGGCCGCAGGGUCAUCCUGCGGAGCUACCAGGAGGAGGAGGCAGACAGCACCGCCAAAGCCAUGGUGACUGAGAUGAGCAUCGGGGAGGAGGAUUUCCAGCAGUUGCAGGCCCAGGAAGGGGUGGCCAUCACCUUCUGCCUCAAGGAGUUCCGGGGGCUCCUGAGCUUCGCAGAGUCAGCAAACUUGUCUCUUAGCGUUUACUUCGAUGCUCCUGGCAGGCCAGCUAUCUUUGCCAUCGAGGACACUCUGCUGGAUGGCCACUUUGUUCUGGCCACGCUCUCGGAGCCGGACCCGCACUCCCAGGAUCUGCGUUCCUCAGAGCUCCAGAGGCCAGCACCUCAGCUUCAGGCUCACAGCACACCCCACCUGGAUGACUUUGCCGCGGACGACAUUGACUCUUAUAUGAUCGCCAUGGAGACCACUGUGGGCAGUGAGGCUUCCCGGGCCCUGCCCUCCGACUCCCUUUCUCCUGGCCUCCAAGCCCUCUGCAGCCCUGGCCCUGACUCAGAGGAGGAAGAGGACGACACUGAGCCCAGCACAGUGCCUGGGACACCUCCACCCAAGAAGUUCCGCUCGCUGUUCUUCGGCUCCAUCCUGGCCCCCACACACUCUCCCCAGGGCCCCAGCCCUGUGCUGGCUGAAGAUAGUGAGGGUGAAGGCUGAGCCCCGAAGUCCGGCGUUGGGAAGACUGGACCAGAUGAAGCCCCAGCCACCCCCUCUCCCAGCGCCAGCCGUGGGUGGGGACGGCUCUUCUCCUUGGCAGGUGGUAAAGGUGGGCCCUGCUGGAGCUGAGCUGGCUGGUCCUGCUACUGUCCCGCGGGCCUUUCCUGGGUAUCUGACCCGCCUGGGUCCUGUCAUCUUCCUCCAGCACCGCACUCCCCACGCCCUGCCAAUCAUGUCUGUUCCAGGCUUGGUGCUGAGCUGCCACCUGCAGGAGAGGUCCCUAACCACCUCAUCCACGCUUGUGGCCCAGGCUGGGGCCUGCCUUCUCCACACCCACCUCCCUAAGAAAAAAAAUCAUAGUGGGGCUGCUGGCCUCUGCUGAUCCACCCCUGCUGCCAAUCAUGACCUGUCCUGCCCUCGAAUUGUGGGCACACCUCUGAGAUGCCCUGUGGCGGACAUGUAGUUUUGCUUACUUUCCUAAUACUCUCUGGUGCUGGCCUGGAAUCCCAAGGGACCCUAUGGACCUGAGCAUGUGGCUGGGGUUUCCCUGGCCGGGGCCCGUGCCCAGUAGGCCUCCCAAGUGGCUCUGGGCAGAAGGGUUGCCAGGCUCAAUGUUUGGGACAAGGGAGACAGAGGCCGUGGCGAGAAUCCAGCUUUGACCUUUAUUCAAGAGACCAGAUGGGUUGCCCCAGGAUCCGGCUGCCAGCCCUGAGGCCAAGCAAGGCUGGAGACCCACAAUCUGGCCCUGCUUUGCCCUGAGCUGCAGCCUCAGCCCCAGGAUCCUGCCUGCAGCCACUGAGGGGCGGGCGGAGGGAGCCCUGGGGGGUUGGGAGCUGCUAUUGAUUCAUAAAAAAAAAAAAAAAAAAAAAAAAAAG